AUGACCGAGCGAGCGCAGGUGCCAGUGCAGAACCCUGUCAGCGGUAGCAGGUCGACAGCAGUCGCUGCAGCAAUACGAACCUCCCCAUUCGCGUCCGGUCCCGUCGCAAUGGUGAAUCAAAUACGCCCUGGAUUCAGCAGUCCGGGGCAAUUUCCAGGUCAACCAGUGCGUGCUAUUCCAACGCAAUUGUCCACACCGUUAGCUCCGCAGCGACAUCUAUCGGUGCCCCUCGGCGGCAGCUCAUCUGAGUCGUCACCAGUUCAUUAUUUGCAAGCGCCUCCAACUCUUCCAGAUGCUAUCCACAAUUCGCCUGGAAAACAAGCUACACCGAUACCAGAGCUUCAACGAUUCGGGCCAACUGGGCCUUUACUGUCUCAGCACGAUCAAUCCCGUGCUGACCCAUUUGAUGGCCUUUCGAUCCCAGCUCCAUUAAAUCCUACGCAGCACAAGCAUGAAAACGUACGUGCAGUACACAAUCGAAUGGCACCAGAUAAUUUUGCUGUUUCAAGCUUUGCGUCAGGACCAUCAACCCAGCAGGACCCUUACGAGAGUCUGUUUGACAGCCCAGAAGGAGCCAUGACAUUUUCUUCAAUGCUGUCGCGACGAUCGUCGUUACCGUCUUCACAGAGCCUAUCUCCAUCGUCGUCCAGCAGGUCUGAUGCUCCUCGUGGAGCAACACAGCAGAACGAGUCGUAUCAGCAGCGGCAGCAAUCGCCCUUGCGCGCGUUCGGUCAAACACCUCCUCCUGCUGCUCCUUUUCUGGGGUAUGAUGACAAGGCUUGGUUACUUUCGGAUCUUGAUCCUGCACCGUCCUCAUCCACCCCGGACUUACUUAUCUUUGACGCAGAGACAAAACCUUCUCAAGCAAGGCCCACACCAUCUGAAGCAGCAUCGCGAUCCCCGUCUCUAUGUCAAAGCACAUGUGAAGCUCCAAUCUUGAACGAUCUCGCCGAUGGUUUAUUGAAAUUGCCUAUUGCUGAGUGUUUGGGAAGUACUAAGAACGCGAUCCCGAAUGGAAACACGCCUGUUCCUGACACUAUCGAAGGUUUGGAGGUUUUGUACGCUCAGAAGCGAUGGCGGUCAUUGACAAAGAAGUCAUUUUCGAUGCUUCAGAGCUUAUCAGGCGAUACAAACAUGGCAUUGGAAAUUAAGUCGUGGUGGCUUGCCGGCCUCAUCAAAGAUGGACAGUUCGCCAAUGCGACUAACGUGCUGGACCAAAUUGGAAACCUUGAUAAACUAUCGAUCGCAGGUGGUACUUCCCCGUUCGUGCCCAUUCGUUUGCUGCUACUUCAAGCGCUACUAAGCAAGUGCCAAGGAGAAGUUAUGACCCAUGAGCAGCAAUUGUUCCAUCUGAUAUUGAGACUGCGCAAUGCAAUCCAACAGAAUGAGACGAUGUCUCUAUUUGGUGCCCAAUUGAGAGCAGCUGCACAGUGGCUCCGAAUUGCACAAUUUGCGCUUGUCAAUCACCUAGUGCAUCAGCAAAAGUUCAUGAUGGCCUUGCGAAUCUGUUCUCAGAUUGAUAAUCAAUUCAUGGAUGAAAACGAUAAAGUGGUUGUAUUGUCCCGUGUGGGGCGCAUCCGUUUGCAGAUGGGUGACUUGGCAGCAGCAGAGAAGUUGUUCAAAGCUGCUCGCUAUUUUAUUCACCCAGCAAAAGCUAGCGGAGACAGUGGUACGGCAACACGAUCUGAGGUCUUAUGCGAGCUAGAAGCACGCUUGCUACUGAAUGACGGCCUGCUGUUUUUCGCCCAAAAUAAGCUGCAAGAAGCACUGCGCGCAUUUGACUCCAUUCUACGUUUGCAGAAUUCGCAAGUCUUGAGUUCGGCGAACAGUGAUGCUGAGGUUUUUCUGGAUGAGGAUAUUGUGUGCUCGGCUGUCAAUAAUUAUGCAGUGUGCGCACUUUAUUGCUGCGAUGUGAAGGCAGCUGUGGUUGCGCUAGAACGGAUGAUCAAGUUGAACCCACAGCGGUUUCUAAAUGGUGUGGUCGUGUUUAAUCUCAGUUCACUGUACGAUCUUCAGUCUGAUAAUGCCACGAGCAAGAGUCGAAAAGAAUUGAUGAAGAAGAUUGCACACAUAUACGGCCUCGAGCACGUGGACCCGGCUGCUUAUCGUAUAUGA